AUGGGUCAACUUGCCAAAUUACCUCUGGAAAUUCUUGAUCUGAUCUUUGAAUCGCUUGAAAGCCUGGAAGACAAGCUGCAAUUGGCCAAAGUUGAUGAAGUGUUUACUGCAGCAUUUAAGUACCAUUGCGGGAAGGAAAUGAAAUGCUUGACGGAGUAUGACGCUCCAGCUCAUCUUUGGAAGGACUUUUUGCCCUUAUGCGGAUCAACCAUUGAAGUUGUCCACACAAACAAGUACGACAAUGACAGCCCGCCGUUUGAUUUGGUCGAACAGUAUUGCCCAAAUUUGCGGGUUAUAAGUUUGCAUUUGUGUCUGCCGAACCAAGAAAAAGUUGGAAAUUUCCUCCGGAAGAUGAAAAAUAUAAAGGAAAUUGACAUUUUUGCCGUAAAUGCCACACCGGAAGCUCUGAAUUUUUUGACCGAUCUUCCCAAUUUGGAGAAAAUAUGGAUUCACAAUAAUAUCCAUCCUGAAGCUGAGUAUCAAAUGAGCAAGUGGUUUCUGGAAAAUAUGUAUGCUAAGGGGUAUCCGAAAACCUUGCCCAAGCCUGUUAAUCUUUAUCACACAUUUUCACCCCUCAAAAAGCUGACCCAUUUGUAUUUAAAGGGCUUUUUUAUAUCAUCAGAGGAGGACAACGAAGACUUUAGCUUUCCGGUCUUAGAAGAACUGAAAUUUCGCUGCUGUACCAUCUUAGAUGAUUUUCCCAUAAUGCCGAAGCUUAAGAAACUAAGUGUUGCCUGUUUACAUCAGCUCGGCACUAUUACCACAAGUUUUGAAGCAUGUGGUAGAGAAACUGAUAGACUUACAAUUAAUUUUCCUCAUACCACCAGACGAUUUUACAAAGUGUCGUUUGAUUAACUAGGAGCUCACAUUCAUUCUCUACAAAUGAAAUGCGUUGGUUUUCUGUAUGCCAUAUCGAAUUCUUUAAGUAGAAGCGUUGAAAUUUAAAAAACUAUUGAAAGGCUUUGGCAAUAUGUAUACCAGACCUUAUACAAACAAUUGGCUGCCGCUUAAAAUUUAAUAAAAGCCUGCACACAUACUAAAAUAAACAAAUUCCGUUUUGAAAUUCGCCUGCCUGGUAACGCCUUCCCUUUGAAAGUUGUAAUUUGCAUCACAGCAAAUAUUUUACACCUAAAAUUUAUAGAGAGCGAAUAUUCUAUAAAAGAUUUUUGCAUAAAAUGUGGCUACUGUCCCCGUUGACUGCGCUGUUCAAACGAACUGAAAAAAUAUUGCGGCGGAUGAAAAAUGCGGCAAUUUAAUUCGACACCCAGCGGAUAUGUUUAGAAAUUGCAGAAGCCUCAUGAAUCUAUCUUCAAUGCAAUAAAUGCCUAAAAUAGCAAAUGGAGUGUCAUUUUUUAUAUAUCGUCAGCUGCGUUGGAUACUUCUACUGGGAUGGAAUAAAAAUUCAUUUUUGUUUAAAUUUACAAGAAUAUGACUCCUAAGUGUUACCUACAACUAAUAUGAUUUUUUAAAAUUAAAAUACAUUACUGA